ACUAGUCGUUGUACUGCCGUGGAACAAGUCCGCGUGACGCGCUGACGACAGGAGAAUUCCGGACGGCCGAGUCUAUCAGUGAAUAGGGCAAACAAUCAGAAGGAGUAGACGAGUUCACGGUGAGCAGUCGUGUGUGAAACGUCCCCCGCCAACCUAGGAACAAAAUGUCCCGGACUAUUGUGAUAGCCAUGGACGGCAGCCAGCACGCGGAGUUUGCCUUCCAGUGGUAUGUCCAAAAGUGUUACAGAGAGGGAGACAAAGUGGUGAUUGUGUACUGUGCCGAGUAUAACGAGUUAUCGAGUAAACCUCUGACCCUGAUGUCGGUAGACAAAUCUCUGAUCACCAAUCUAAUAGAGGGCGAGGAGACCAAGGUCAAGAAACUGGCGGCAAAGUUUGAAGACUUGGUUAAAAAAUACAAGAUUGAAGGUAAAAUUGUCCGGGUGAACGGAGAACCAGGGCAUGGCAUAAUCAAAGUAGCGGAGGACGAGAAAGCAGCCAUGAUUGUGACAGGAACACGUGGUAUGGGCACCAUCCGCCGGAAGUUGCUCGGAAGUGUCAGUGAAUAUGUGAUACAUCACUCGCCAGUUCCGGUUCUGGUUUGUCGACAAGAAUGAAAUAUUUAUACACAUUGAAAAGCCGGUCCAAAUGAAUGGAAAUUUAUCAAAUUGAGAAGGAGAUUGAUGACAAAUGAAUAAUGUAUUCAAGAAAAAAAGUUGUGAUCAGAAAGUGAACGGAGAAAAGUAUAAUGAUAGUUUGUGUAUUCUGGAAAAAGUGAGAUGGGGACAUCAACUAAUUUCGGCCAUACAAUCGGCAAUGUUUCUUUCUAUUUUCUUGGAGGAGUUGCAAAUCUUUCUCUUAUAAAUUAUGAUAUUACAGAUACAUCGAUGAUUUACAAACUGCCUCGUGGAAAACGACCGACCUUUGAUAAAUAACGGAACUCGAUCGAGGAAUUGUGUACGUGUUUCAAUCUUUCUUAAAUUGAUUUAAGUCUCUGAACAAAUUUGAACCAACCUUGAAUGAUUUGUUAUUUCAUUAAUUUCAAUGAGAGUCUUAUUUUUUUUAUAAAAAAGGCAUCAAACUUAU